AUGUUUGGAGGCACUCGGGAUGACGAUGGUUUUCCUCGUAUCGGGAAGGGUGAAGACGACGAUGCUUUGGUGUUGGGUGUGUCGACGGUGGGCCUGCUGGAGAAGUUGAGAAGUUUCCAAGAGUCGAAUAUUUUUGCUUUGUUUCAUCUCGAUGCUACAUUCAAGCUCAGUGAGAUCGGUUACCCUGUCAUUACGUGUGGAUUUAGCGACUACUCCAGAAAGUAUCACCUGGCGGCUGUAUUUGUCAUUAGCCGCUUGACUCACGUAGAGUACUCCUCAGUUCUUGCGGCCGUGUUGCAAGUAUACCACAAGUUGUUCUCCCAGGAUCCCAAGAUCGAUGCGGUACUUGGCGAUGCAGAAGAUGCCCAGUACAAUGCACUGCAGAGCUCACCUCAAUUCCGAGGUGCCACAUUUUUAAUGUGCUUCUUUCAUGUACUUUACAACGUGAGAAAGCGAACACGCCAGCUUGAUAAUGCUGCCGGUGCUAUGGUUUACAAGGGCAUUAUUGCGAUGCACUUUUCAGCGAGCCUCAUGGAGUUCUAUCAAAUUCGUGAUACGAUUCUGGCACAAUGGCGAAAAGUCCGAGUUCUCCAAGAUUUUGCCAAUUACUUCGAGAAACAGUGGAUUCAAAGUCGUUACUGGCGUUGGCAAGCCUUUCACACCCCCACCGGCUACGCUACAACGAAUAACCCGUGUGAAACGUUCAAUGCUAGUGUCAAACGAUAUUUGAUGCGGAAGAUGUUCGACACCCAGCGGCUGCUUCGAAAACUU